GUCAAUCGCAGCUGUCAGAGAGCGAAGUAAACAUCACCUGUGCGUCGUGACGGCUUUACGUUAUAAUCGUUUAUCAAAAACCCGGACUAAAUUUCAAGUGUUAACAAAAAAUCGGAAGAAAAAUCGGCGACGGAAGAUCAUCGUUUCGAAAGUGCUGAGAAAACUCCGCCGAUCGUUUGAACUAAAGAAGAAAAACCCCAAGAUUCCGUCCGUGUCAUUGCGUCAUGAAUAUCGGACCUUGACAAUUAUUCCGCCGAAGUUUUUUUUCCUUUUAACAUCAUCAUCUAGAUCUUUUUGCCCUCUCAUUUUACUAAACGCUCCGAUUUUUUUUAAAUCACAGUUUUUUUUAUUAUGAGCACUGUACGAUGUAGUAUCGCCAAUGCGGGUAAAAUCGCUCUCGCAGUACGAAAUACCAAAAUACAACACGCAAACGUCUUCUCAGCUAUAAAAAUAUGUCAACAACCAUCACCUUCACGAACACUUUCAACAUCGGAUUCGCCCCUUCUAUUAAGAUCAACCCCAACAUCGGCAACGUGCGCCGUUGGUGGUCCCCCGGGUGAUCCUCCGAACAACAACGCUACGUUUUCAAGUUCUCAAGGUCCACCCCGGGAACCAUCUUCGACAACAACCGGAAAUGCUAAUGCAGCCACGCCUGGGGGUGGGGGAACGACCACAACUACAUCGGGGGGCGGAAGUGGAAAAAAUAAGAAUACCUUGUCAUGCCCGAAAUGUGGCGAUCCAUGCACGCACGUCGAAACGUUUGUUAGUUCGACGCGAUUUGUGAAAUGCGAGAAAUGUCAUCAUUUCUUUGUGGUGCUCAGCGAGGUUGAUAGUAAGAAGAAGGAAGGGGUCGAUUCGAAAACAGGGUUUUGCAGGAAACCGCCUCCACCUCCAAAGAAAAUUUUUGAUUAUUUAAAUAAACAUGUUGUUGGACAAGAACAUGCUAAAAAGGUUCUUUCUGUGGCUGUGUAUAAUCAUUAUAAAAGAAUAUUUAAUAAUGCUCCAACCCAAGGAAGUCCUCCAAGAGCUGAUAAUGCAGUUAUGGAAUCAGGACCCCAUUAUAAUUUUACACAUAGAGAUCUCAUCCAUAUAACAGGAAUGGGCCAUAACAACCUGGGUUUUAGUCUCCAAAAUCAAGGCGGGGACUCAACCGGAAACAUGAAUAGAUCAUCUUCGGCCGUCGGCUCUGAUAUUUUAGACAGAACAACUCACGAUCUCAAAUUAGAAAAGAGUAACAUACUCUUAUUAGGCCCAACAGGAUCAGGAAAAACUUUACUCGCACAAACAAUAGCUCAAUGUUUAGAUGUUCCUUUUGCCAUAUGCGAUUGCACCACUUUAACGCAAGCCGGUUAUGUAGGGGAAGAUAUCGAGAGUGUAAUUGGGAAAUUAUUGCAAGAUGCUGGAUAUAGCGUCGAUAGGGCUCAAAUUGGAAUUGUCUUUUUGGAUGAGGUUGAUAAGAUUGGUGCUGUACCCGGUAUUCAUCAAUUAAGAGACGUUGGAGGUGAAGGAGUUCAACAAGGAAUGUUAAAAAUGCUUGAAGGCACGAUUGUUAAUGUACCAGAAAGAAAUUCCCCAAGAAAAUUACGCGGAGAAACCAUCCAAGUUGAUACAACAAAUAUCCUUUUUGUUGCUAGCGGUGCUUAUAAUGGUUUGGAACGGUUAAUAUCGCGUAGACAUAACGCAAAUUUCUUUGGAUUUGGAGCUCCCGCUUCUGGAGGUAGUGAAGGUCGAAGAGCGGUUUCUCAACAAGCUCAAAGCGAUCUUUCCGCUGAAGAUGAAAAUCGGGAAAAGGAUCAAAUGCUUAGGAAAGUUCAAGCGAGAGAUUUAAUCGAUUUUGGAAUGAUACCGGAAUUCGUAGGAAGAUUUCCCGUUUUAGUUCCUUUCCAUAGUUUAGAUAAAAAUAUGCUCGUUAGAAUAUUAACGGAACCAAAAAAUGCUUUAAUCCCGCAAUAUCAAAGAUUAUUGGCGAUGGAUCAAUGCGAAUUAACGUUCACUCCAGAAGCGUUGAAAGCCGUUGCUAGAUUAGCGAUGGAAAGAAAAACGGGAGCUAGAGGAUUAAGGGCUAUUUUAGAGUCGUUGUUGUUAGAACCAAUGUUUGAAAUACCCGGUUCAGGAAUAAGUGGCGUUCAUAUAACGGAGGAGUACGUUUUAGGUUCAAACGGUCCGGUUUAUGUGAAAGGUUCGACAACGGAUCCGACGGCGGAUGUUGAGGAUUUAAAGACUUCCAUCAGGAUAUAGUUGGUUUUUUAAUAACCAUUAGAAGAAAACGACGAUGGUUUAAAAUAUAAUUAAAGUAUAUGAAAUAAAUAAAUAAAAGUGUAAAUAAUAUUAAUAUACGAAAGCGAGAAGAACGGCAUAGGCAUAUAAAUUUUUUUUCCUUCGAAAGAUUUUUACCUCUGUAUUUUUUUGCGCAAUUAGAGAGCAAACUGAAAAGUUUUAACUUGAAAUUUAAAUUGUUUUUUUUAUUUCUAGGAGAGUUUAGAUGAAUGGGUGAUUUUUAGGUACUAAAAUAAAUUAUUAAAUAUCCAAUGUUAAAAUUAAUAUUAAAUAAAAUGUUGAAACAUU